UUCCUCCCCCACUGCGCCCCUGCUCCUGGUCCACACUGCAGAGAGCCCUGGCAAGCUGACAGGCGCUGACACACAGGCCUACAGGCAGCCCUGAGACAGAGAGAGGGAAAGACUGCCUGAGAGCCUGGGAAAGAGGAGCGUCUCUCCUUCUGGGACCUGGAUCAGGACAGACCAUGCCAAGGACGAAGAAGGAGACUCAGGGAGGGCAGUGCAGACCUGGGAAUUUCUCUGAGUCCUAGGCUCUCCCCCAAUUCAUUUCCCACCCUGUGCCGCCCUGGUCUGCGCCCAGAGCCAGUUCCCGCCCCUAGUAGCAGCCUCCACGCUGGCGCUGGCAGACACUGAGGCCAUGGAGGUGACGAUGCUGCAGGACUGGUGCAGGUGGAUGGGCAUCAGCGCCCGCAGGGGCCUGCUCAUCCUGGGCAUCCCGGAGGACUGUGACGAAGACGAGCUGCACGAGUCCCUGGAGGCCUCCCUGUGGCAAAUGGGCCACUUUGAGGUGCUGGGCAAAGUGUUUCGAGAGGAGGACAAUGCCAGUGCGGCCCUGGUGGAGCUGGACCGGGAAGUCAACUAUGCUUUGGUUCCCAGGGAGAUCCCAGGCAUCGGGCGUCCCUGGACCGUGGUCUUUGUGCCCAGAUGCUCAGGGGAGGACUUUCUGGGUCGCGUGUUCCACUUCCUGGAGCAACAGGGGCAGACUGUGGAGAGCGUGGCCGGAGCCCUGGGGCUGGGGCUGCGCAAGGUGUGCUGGCUGAGGUCUGUCAGUCAGGCCAUCCAGCCCUGGGUGGAGACAGUGCGGUACCAGCCCCUGGGGGUGUUCUCAGGGAGGGACCAGCCAGCCCCGGGGGAGGAGUCCUUUGAGGCCUGGCUGGACCACACCACUGACAUGCUGCUUGUGUGGCAAGGGGUCUCAGAAAGAGAGAGGAAGAGGCGGCUGAUAGAAGGCCUCCGAGGGACAGCCUUGCAGGUGGUGCACGAGCUGCUGGCAGAGAACCCUGCCAGGACGGCCCAGGAUUGCCUGGCCGCCCUGAUCCAGGUGUUUGGAGACCACGAGUCCCAGGCCACCCUGCGGCUCAAGUGCCUGACCGCUCAGCAACGGUCAGGCGAGACUCUCUCCGCUUUCGUGUUGCGGCUGGAAGUCCUGCUACAGAAAGCCAUGCUGGAGGGGGCCCUGGACAAGGCCUCAGCUGACCACUUGCGCAUGAGGCAGGUGCUCACCAGGGCCAGCAUCAUUGAGCCGCUGCGAGAGGUCCUGAAGAGGCUGGGCAUGGUGGGGAGGCGUCCAACUUUCCUGGGGAUGCUGGGGCUGGUUAAUGAGGCUGAGGCAUGGGAGGCCCAUAUAACCAGGAGCCUAGAAGCCCAGCCGGCACAAGGGGCUGCUGCCAGGGCCAGUGCCCAGGCUGAUGCCAGAGCCAAAGCUCAGGCCGAGGGUGACAAGGUGGUGGAGAAGCAGCAGCUGCAGGAGAAUAGUGACAACCGUGCCCCUGCCCUUGCAGGCCUGGGUCAGACAGCGCCCUCAGAGGCCCCUGGAGGUCCUGGCACUGUGCCAGAGGGCUUGGCCCAGGCGGGAGACCGAGAGGCCGAGGAACACCCCCAGGAGGGGCUCAAGCCCAUCCCAGAGGAGUCGGAAAGUGAGGACGGGGCUGGGGAGCUGAGCCCCCCCCAGGCGUCCGGUCGCCCCUCACACCCGCCCACGCCCACCUAUGCUCCCGCCAAGGAAACCGGAACAGGGGGCAGAGGCUGGAGCAACUUGGACGCGACCCAAACGGUACAGAACGUGAUUUGCUCAGUGAACUACCAGAUUGAUUACUGA